CACAAAUCCCGGCCUCAAAACUUCUUUCCCUUGACGCUCUCGCAUAUGCGUCGUCAUCCCGUUCACUCCACGAUACCUCAACGCAACCUGAUUCAGUCUGCAUCUAAACCUCGUGGCGAUCGAACUCCACCCUCUUUUCGAACAACAAGGGCGACAUUCGCGUAGCAAGCACAUGCUAUUGAUUUUACCGAACACCGCCAGUCGACCUAACCUAUAUUUUCGACGGAAAGCAAUGGGUUAAGAGGUUAUAUCGAAAACUAAGUAAAAAAACUGAUGCUCUUCCAGUAAUUUCGUUAUAUAAUAAAGACAGUGCAACAAAAACCCUCUACGUGUAGUUAUGUCGGGAAAAGGGCAAGAGAUGACCCGAAACGGCCACGAAUUGGCCCCCCUAAACAACGGCAGGGGCGGCGAGAACAGGAGCGGUAAGCCCGGUGUUACCAUAGUGCUACAGGGACCUAGAGGUUCCAUUAUCUCAAGAGGUUCCAGAGGGAGUAAUGCCAUGGAUGGGGACCCGGACCGGGCUGCGUGGUCCGGAAAAAUGCAAUUCUUUUUGUCAAUUAUCGGAUAUUCCGUCGGACUCGGUAAUAUCUGGAGGUUCCCGUAUCUUUGUCAACAAAACGGUGGAGGUGCCUUCCUGAUUCCAUUCGCAACAAUGCUUAUCCUUGAAGGCAUUCCUCUGUUCCUGAUUGAACUGGGAAUCGGCCAGAAGAUGCGGCUGGGCUCUCUGGGCGUCUGGAACACGAUACACCCUUGGCUGGGCGGUAUCGGCAUCUCGUCCUGCCUGGUCACGUUUUUCGUCGCUCUCUACUACAACGUCAUCAUUACGUGGUGCUUCUACUAUCUCUUCAACAGUUUCCAGUACCCUUUGCCAUGGGAAAGCUGUCCUGUUAUCAACGGAACAGUUGUGCCCGAAUGCGACAAGUCGUCGGCGACGGCGUAUUUCUGGUACCGCGUAACCCUAGACGCUGCUCCGUCCAUCGAGGAACCCGGUGUACCCAGAUGGUGGAUCGCACUUUGCCUUCUACUGUCAUGGAUUAUCGUCUUCUUCAUCGUAAUGAAGGGAAUACAAAGUUCAGGAAAGGUUGUUUACUUUACAUCCAUGUUUCCUUACAUGGUCCUCACCAUUUUCUUUAUAAGAGGAAUCACAUUGAAAGGAGCUGGCUCUGGAAUAAUUCAUAUGUUUUCACCAAAGGUUGAAAAACUUCUGGAUCCGAAAGUUUGGCUGGAUGCGGCGACCCAAGUCUUUUAUUCUUUCGGUCUGGCUUUCGGCUCGCUGAUCGCCUUCGGCUCCUAUAACACGCCCAAAAACAAUUGCGUCCGAGAUGUCAUCCUUGUGUCCGUUUGUAACGCCAUCACUGCAAUCUACGCUAGCGUCGUUAUAUUCGCCAUCUUGGGAUUUAAGGCGGUCAGCAAUGUUGACAAGUGCAUUGUAGACAAUAAAAACCUUUUGAUGGCGCAUGGAAUCAUAGCAAAAAUGGACGUAUCCAAAGUUUCCGACGAGGUAUAUGCAAAUGCUAUUAAAGUUAAUGCAAAUUUUGUGCGAGAAUGCUCUCUGGCCAGAGAGUUGGAUGCUGCUGCAGAAGGUACCGGAUUGGCUUUCAUUGUAUUUACUCAGGCCAUUGUCGAACUACCGGGUGCGCCUUUUUGGGCGGUCAUAUUCUUCAUGAUGCUGCUGUCGCUUGGAAUUGGUUCGCAGAUCGGGAUUUUGGAGGGAAUGCUUUGCACUGUUUUUGAUAUUGAAAUAUUGAAGAGAAUAAGUAAACAAUAUGUUACAGCCGUGGUUUGUAUAGUAUGCUUCUUCGUGGGGCUAAUUUUCACCACCGGAGCCGGAGAAUACUGGCUGAGCAUGUUCGAUUCCUUCGCCGGUACCAUCGGUUUGGUGGUGGUGGCUCUAAUGGAGAUGAUCUCCGUGGUUUACGUUUACGGCCACGAAAGGUUCACCAAAGACAUACACGACAUGACCGGCAUCAAACCGGGAAUCUACUGGCAAGUGACAUGGAGGUAUCUGGCUCCGGGAAUAAUGGUGGUCAUUUUGGUGUCGUCCAUUAUUUCCAUGCUCAUUAAUCAUCCCAUGUACGCUGCUUGGAGUGCUGAGAAGGGAGAUGUCGUAAAUACCCCAUACCCCUCAUGGGUGUUGGCAAUUGCGAUUACGAUGGUUUUGGCGGGUAUUUUGCCCAUACCAAUAGUGUUUCUAUUGCGAAGAUACCAAUGCCUAAAGAUGGAUAUCAACAUACAUGAAGGUUCCAUUAGAAGAAUCGACACUACAGUGUCAACAAAGGAAAUGAUAACCGACGUUGAUGAACAAUUAACAAGUCCCGAUGGGCCAUGCGUCACAGCCACGAACACGCUCAAAAAUAAAUUCACUAUCGGCGAUUUUGAGGUUUAAUCUUGAUUUUGAUGACGAAGAAGGCAUUUGCUUAGGGAAUUAUCGUGAUGAAGAUUCAAGUAGUGGAGAUGAAGGUCCCCAAUUAAAUGGCAAUUUGGGACGUACCUUCUCAAUGGAAGUGGAUAAUCAUUAUUAAAAAGAUGUCUUUAAUAAUAAAAACAUGCAAGUUAGACAAUAUAAUAAUAAUAAUAACAAUAUAUUGUGUGAUAUUUGGUUAUAUUAUUUAUAGAAAAUUUACAAAAUGUGAUUUUUUGAAGGUGGUGUUUUAUAAAAAAAACAAUAUAAUAUUCAAUACAAACAUCCAGUCAAUUUUUAAAGACAUCUCCCACAAUAAUGAUAAUCUCGUUGUUAAAUGUAGGUUAGUUGUUGUAAACAAUUAAUGUAAUCCCAAAAUUAUGUAUAUAUUGUAAAUAAGUACGUAUUUAUAUUUAACUUAGUAGUAUUAAAAAAAUACUAUAAAUUUAUUGUACGUUUAUUUUUUGUUUAUAGUAUAGUGCCAAAAUGUUGUAAAUUUAGUUUGCAAAUAUGGGAUUAAAAUACUGACAUCAAUUAGAUUGAUGUAAAUUAUUAAAUUUAUAUUAAAUAUAUAAGCUUGACGAGUCAAAUUUAAAAUGUAUACAAAAAAAUUCAAAGAUUACAGAUUGCUUUUUGAGUAUACAAAUGUCCACAACAUAAAAGAAUCUAUUUUUAUUUUACAAAAAUUUUAAUUUAAAUAUGCUUACCUGUUUAUAUGUAUAAGUACCUAGUCAUAUAUUAUUUUUAAAUACAUAUUUAGGUGUUACAACUUACUUUGGCUCAAUACUAUAGCUUUUAUGGAAAUGGUAAACCAUGAUACUGAAGCUUGUUGAUAUUAGUUAUAGUGCAGCCUUAACCUAGGGUUGUUUAUAGGCCAAUUAUAAUUAUUAAUAUGAACGAGAAAAACAAUAAUUAAUUAUAAAAACAUUUCAUAAGCGUAGUCUCCAUCUCUCGUUUGAUUAUAAUUAUCUACCUAUUUGUUUUUUUUUGUAUUUCAAACAAAUUAUUUUUUUGGUAUCGACUUUUAUAAAUUUAUAUUCGAAUCAGACAUUUAGCUCCCAUUUUUAUAAGAUUGUGUGCCUAUUAUGUGUACCUAUAUAAAAUACUAAACAAAAAUUGUUUUAUUACAAUAAUUUACAGAUUACUUAAAUAUUUUAAUACAUUUAUUAGUAUUUUAAGUCCUAAAUCAAUUUAUAUCAACAAACAUAAGUUUCUUAAUAAUACAGUGUUCAAUAUUAACAAAAAACAAUAAAAUCACAAAAUCAAACAAAAUUUUUAGGUUUGGUUGAUAUUUUUAAAAAUGUUUUUAGUAAUGAAUGACUAAAUAAAAGUUAUAUAAUAUAGUAUUUUGAUCUUGUAUUAAACCUAAAUGAAAUAAAUAUUCACAAUAAUAUUGACUGCCAAAAAUAUUAAAGUAUAAACAUAUAAAAAAAACUUUUUUAGAUACUUUUUUUUGAAAAAUACUCCUUUGUUUAUAAACUUUCAUUAUUAAAUGUACCUACAAACUGCACUGUACUUAAGAAACUUAAUUUUCCUAAAAAAUAUAUAAAUAAGUAAAUGUUAUACUUAAUAAAAGGCACGAUUUAUUUUUCAGCACAUUUAAUAUUAAGGAAUUAUUUCACCAAAUAAAAGAGAUUUUAUAAUUUUUUAUGUUAUAGUAAUGUGUAAUACAGGGACCUCUUAUUUGAAAAAAAAUAUAUAAAUAAAAUUUGGUAUUUCGGACAAAAGGUCCCUUCUUUUCAGCAUUACGUAACAAAUUAUAAAAUUGAAUUUAAAUUUAUGCUUGAUUUAUAAAAAAAUAUGUACAAUACUAUUUGCCCAGAAAAUUAAAACAAAUAUUUUCUAAAAAAAGGAAAGAUUAUUUAUAAAUUAAAAUAUAAGUUAGUUUUUAUUAAUAGUGAUAUUAAUGUACAGGAAAAAGUUCAUUUUGGAAAAAUUAAUCAGAAAAAAUGUAUUAUUUUAUUUUGAUGAUAUUUUUCCAAAUACGCUUAAAAUGCAAAAUGGCUUAGCAAAAGGGGAAAUAUAGAGUAUAUUUAAAAUAAUGUUCAGUAGAUUAUUUUUAAAUAUUUACUUAGUUGUUCCUGUUAAAUAUUGUGAUUUUUAUUAUUUAUUAUAAAUUAGGUUGUAAUAUCAAGAAUAAACGAAGUAAGACUGUGUCGGGAUUAGGAAUUUUCUAAAAUUCUUAAGUAUCAGGUAAAAGGAAAUCGUGUAUUUAGAAAUAAUAAAAC